AAGAACUUAAUAUUCAAUCUCAACAAUGCAAGCACUGAAUGAAGCACUCAAAACAUUAUCAUUAUCUAACUAUGGACCACAUGCAACAAUUAAAGAUGAUUUAAUAAAAAUUGAAUUCAAAAUAAAUGAAAGCUUUGAUGAUAAACUCGACGAAAAAUCAUUCAGCCAUCUUUUUGGAAAUGACAAGUCGGCAUUAAUCACAUUUCAAUGUACAGUUAAUCCGCAUAUCAAUAAAAUCUUUUGGAAGGUCAUUGGACAAAAAUCGUUUAAUUUGCUUGAAAUUUCUGAUGAUUCGGAUGGAACUGUCACAAGAAUUUGUCAGAAUUUCUUACUUGAAAAGCUAAGAGAAGGAGAAAGUGGAAUUUUGAAAAGCUCACAAAGCAAAAAGGUUUACGAAGUUCAUGAUAUUGGAAAUAACGACGGUCAUAACCUCCUUAUUGAUGCAGUGACUCAAAAUAAUUCUAACAUCGUUUUAAGACUGCUCAAACAUAAUUUUGAUCUUGAUCUGAAGUUUAAACUUGGCAAUGAAAAGUACAUAGCUGUUGACAAGGCAUGGGAGGCUUUUGUGCAAUCGGAAGAUGCGAUCCUGAAAAAAAUAUGCAGUGACAUUAUUUUACUUCUUCUAAGAGCAAACUCCAAAUUUCCUGAUGAUUUCAACUACGAUAUUGCAUCUGAUGACAUAAAAGAUUUCAUAGCUGAUUGUGAGGAACUGCGUGACUAUGUUGAUUCAGAUGAUGUUGUUUCUCUUACUAAUAAAAUCCAAUCAUCGCCAGACAUGAGUUUAUUUUAUGAUGAAUACAAUGAGUCACUUAUGGUCUACACAUUAAAGCAUAAGAAGCAAAAGAUUUAUGAUUUACUAGCCUCACUUGAUUUGAAUAUUGGAUGUCAUGAAGUUUGUGAUUUACGGGAAAUUUAUUUAAGUUUCGAAGCAAGACAACGAAGAGCCUUGCGCAAUCGAAAUCAAGCAAAUGCAAAGCAGUUUCCAAAAACUCAUAUUUUGAUCCUCAAAUCAAAAUCUAAAAUUGGCAACAAUGACAGAGACAGCAAAAAGCAUUGGAAGUGCAUCAAUGAAGCUUACGAAAUUAUAGACCAAAAUGAAGGUGGAUCUAAAAUCCUUCAAAUUGUUUCUACCUGCAAAGGUCUUAAGAUCUUCUUUGACUUCAAACAUGACUCAACCUAUUAUUUUGAUCCAUUUAGUUCUGCAAACUCUAGCGGUAUCACUUACACAUCUGGAUUAAUUAAUAUUGGUGCUAGAAAUCUAUUGAAAGAAGACAAAAAGUAUAAAGUCAUCGGAGUAAUUGCUCAUGAAUUUUGUCAUCUUUCCAUCCUUAUGUCCUACAUGAACAACUUUGAUCCAUAUCAAAUGGGUGAUUAUGAGGACAAAACAAGGUUCAUUGACAAAGUUGCAGCAGAAUGUGAGAAGAAUCAGGAUUUUGAAAAGUUGGUAGGAAAUGUUUAUAAGCUUUAUCCUAAACAUCAUCAACACUCUGAAUUGAUAGUGCUGGUUCUUCAAAUGAUGAUGAUUUAUUACAUUAAGGAUCCUAAAAUCGAAUGUGAAAAUUCUAAAAUUAUUGCAGACCGAAUGAAAAAUUUCGCAGAACUUUUCAAUUACUUUAAAGAAGUUGUUGAGCCAGAACUAGUGAAAUCGCUUCCAAUUAUUAAAAAAUUACAAGAUAAUGAUCAGAAUGUAACUUUUGAGGAACUGACUCAGUCCAUGAAAGCUAAAAUAUUGCAUUCCAAUAUUAAAUUUCAAGGCAUAGCCAUUUCUCUUUUUGAAGUAAUUGGAAAUGAUGAAGAAAUAUUAAAGCUGCUUCCUUCAGAAGAUUUAAAGGAUAUUCUGCUGGAUAGAGAGUGCUUCCAUUUUGGUGAUGUUUGCAGGAUGUCUGCAAAAUAUGGAUACAUCGAGAGGAAUUUCAUAAAAUUUAGAACUGGAACUGAAGCUUUCAAAUUUGAGGUUAUAAAAAAUUUAGUUGACACGACAAAGAUUUUAAUCUUAACUGGUAAGGCUGGAUCCGGAAAAACGACGACUUUUGAAAACUUAUCAAAAAAGUUAAAAGCUGUUUAUAAAAGUUAUUGGAUAUCCUUUAUAAGAUUAAGGAAUUUUAGAGAAGUUUUUGAAGAAUUUUCAAUGUUGAAUAUUGAUCCAAACUUAGAGCAAGUGAUCACACUGCUUUGUAAGAUUUUAUUUCCACAAGCAAAAGAGAAAAACUUCAAUUUUGAUGAUGAUUUUGAGGUUAGAAUUUUCAAAAAGCUCUUUUUAAGUGAUCAAGUUAUUUUGUUAUUUGACGGAAUCGACGAGAUCUGCCCAAGAUUCAACAAUUUUGUAGGAAAUACUUUAAAACUAUUGAAAGAAAAAUCAAAGAUUCAACUCUGGAUCUCUACUCGUCCUCAGCAUGUAGAUCAGUUUGAAGAAAAAUUCAACAUUGAAUCGUACACGCUUGAGCCUUACAGUCGCGUUAAUCAACGAAUGAUGAUCACAGAAAUAUUCAAGAAAGCUGACAAUGUAAAGGAUAAGAGUUUUGAGCUUUUGUACACAAAUGUUUGUAGAAUGUUCAAAAAGUAUCAAGAUUUUAACAAUCCAUUGAUUAUUGUUAUCAUGACUGAACUUUAUAUUAGUGGAAAGAUUGGCUUUGAAAUGGAUUCUAUUGAUCUUUAUGAAAUUUACGAAAAGUUAAUUGAUGCUCAAGUUGAGAAAGUCGAAAAGAAAAUAGACAGCAAAGAACGAAGCAUUUUCCUGAAUUUCAAGCUUCUCUUCCAAGUACUAGCAUUAAAAUUCAUUUUUGAAGACAAGGACUUGAAAAAAUUGUCAAUCAUUAAAAAAUGGAAGAAAGAGAAGAAAAAUUGGACAGCUGAGAAGAUCCAGCGCUUUGGUUUUGUGAUUGUGGACCUUUCAUUUUUGGAAACAGAUGACAGAAACUCAAUUGACUUUAUCCACAAAACCUUUGCUGAGUUCUUUGUUGUUCAGUUCAUAGUUGAAGCUAUAUUUAAUGAUGAUGAGGAUAUUAGAAAGGAUGAGCUUGAGAUGAUUUUCCAACUUGUAAAGUUUCUUGCGUCCGAAAAAAAUGACUCAUUUCUGCUGAGUUUUCUAAAUAAUAAAUCCAAUAUUACAGGAAAAUGUCUGCAAAAUAGCAUAAAGGAACUGAUUUCAAGACAAAUUGAAAAAAAUAUCAACAGUAAUCAAAUGGAUUCUAAAACCUUAGUUUUUUGGAGUCAAUUUCUACAAAAUGAACCAGAAGCGUUAAAGAAGUUAUGGAAAGGGACUGGAAAUAGAAGUUUGUUCAUGAAUAUGUAUUUUUAUCGGCAGUCUUCAGAUUCUUAUGCCAUAAUAAGCCUCAUACAUUUUAUGUGCGAUUGUUUAGGUGAUAAUUGGGAUAAAACUCUCAUCAAUAAGAAUACUGAUUAUAUAAACAAGCUUUAUCCAUGGGGAAAGAUAGACAAAAGAACUUAUGACAAGAACUUUUACAAACUUUUACAUUUUAUGGAAGAAAAUUUUAGUAAAAGAGAGAAAAAGCUUUUUUGGAGGGACUUCUUCUGUUAUUUUCAAGAUUUGGAUCAAGAAGACUUACCAGAAGAUUCUCUGUUAGCAUUAUUUGAUGAAAUUUAUAAACUCUAUCCAAACGAAGAAGGAAUUCUUUUACAUAUUAUUAAGAGAUUUUUGUGUAAAGACGACACUUCGAUGCACAUAACUAGUUUCAUAACAUGCUUGCAAAAGGUAGUCAAAAAUGAUCAUGUCAAGAUUCAGAAAGUGCUAUUCAGCAAGACUGUAUCCAAAGCAUUGAUGACAAAUUUGUCAAAUGAACACAACAAUGAUUUUGAACAAGUUUCAAGUUUAUACAUCAAUUAUAAAGUUUCUUGGGAUGAUGUCCAAAAUCUUUUUUUAAAGUACGCAGACUUUUUUGGGAUUUUUAAAGUCAUGCGGGAUUCACUGUCUAUAUUCAUAGAACAAUUAAGAACUAUUUUUCAAUCCAACAGAGUCAAGCUUAUUGAAUUUAUUAGUAGCUCUAAGAUGCCGUUUAGUGGUGAUGUCUUUACAGAAUUAGAAAUUUUUGUAACCAACAUUUUCAACGGAGAUGAAAACUUUAUUAUUCAAGGAAUGAGAAGCAUUUUGUACAGGAAUGAUAAGUUUAAUGAUUUUUUCCAAAAACUUGGUGCUGAAAGGAUUCAAAACAUCCCAAAUAUCAUAAACAUUUACCGGAAAUAUCAAUCUAGUCAGGAAGAAUUCACAAAUUUUUUCAAAUCAUGGUCAAUACUGUCUGAAAUAUUUUUCAACAUGACAGGUGAAGAUUAUAACAAGUUUAAAACAUUUAUAGAAGAAGUUUUUGCAACUAAUAAGAAGGAAAUAUUCAAUUGCAUCCAAUACAGCAACUGGAAUCAGACAAUUUAUUUUGGAUUAAAUAAUAUUGUGUUUCUUGAAAAGUUUGCAGCAGAUUUCUUUGCUGAGAAUGAAGAUGAUCAUAAGGAAUUCAUCAAGAAAGUUAUCAUAUACUCAAUGAAGGACACAAAGUACCACAAAAUUAAUUUUUACGAACAUUUAUUGCUCACAUUCUAUUCAGAAAAUCCUGAUUCAUUUAAAAAGAUCUGGGGUAUUCUCACAAAACAUCUGACACUAACUGAGCUUAAGGAACAGUUUCUAAACCAAAAUAUUUACUGUAAAGCUUUUGGCUAUGGACAGAUGAAGCUUCCAAAUGAAUUUUUAAGGAUAAUUAAUGAAAUUUUCGGAACUAAUGUAGAGGAAAUACUGAACAGCACAUUCUGUCCAGACGAUCACAUGAACUUAGUCUUGAAUCAAGAAUAUUAUAAAAAUUUUCUAAACAUCACGACAGAUCUUUUUGGAAAGGAUGGAAAUCAUGUAAAAAUCUUUAUCAAGAAAAUGUUCUUCAAUCCAGAAAAAUUUCAAGAAAUAUUUACAAUGAUUGUCAAGUUUUACAGCAUUUCUGGAUUUCGGCACUUGCUUAAAAUCCUUAAUGAUUUCAAAGACAAUCAUGAGGAGCUGCAGAAUAUUUUCAUCUCUUGCAAAGACUUUUUAAAUAUUUUUGUAGCCGUCAAAGAAGAUUUUUAUCCAGAAUUUGAGAUUUUUGUCACUGAAAUAUUUAAAUCUAACAAGUCACACCUGCUUGACUGCAUCAACUACAGUGAAGGACAUAUAAUUAUUGAAAAUGUGGAAAAAUUAAAGUUAUUCGAAGACUUUCUGACUAAAUUCUUUGAAAAUGAUGAAAAUCUUAAAAUUGAAUGCCUUAGAAAAAUUCUGUUUGCAGAAUAUUCAGCACAGAAUUUUCCGUUGGUUACAUUUAUUGGAUUAAAGCAUGUAAAUAAAUUCAAGAUGCUAAGAAAUUUCUACAAAUCAUACAAAACUUCUUGGGGAGAAUUACAAGCUUUUUUCGCAUCCAAGCAGAUCAGUUCCUUAAUUUUUAAUCAAAUGACAGAAAAAUCUUAUUUAUUGUUCAAGGAAUUAAUUGUAGAAAUUUAUAGAAAUGACAAAACUCUUCUUCGUGAAAGCUACAAAAGCAUAAAAUCAGAAGAAACAGCAAUAGACAAUGAGGAUCUUUAUAAUUCAGACAUUGACUAUUCAGAAGAAUUCGAACAGUAUUAUUUUGAUCUAGAUGUUGUGGAUUCAUUUAGACAAGACUUUGAAAAUUUUGUUUAUGGAACUGAUUAAUGAAACUGCAUUUAUGAAUAUUAUGCUCCUUUAUCGAAUGUAUACCGAGUGUUAUGUACCAGAAAAUAAAUCUUACCGCGCAUUAUACACGAGAAUAAAUUUACAUUCACAA